CUUUAACAUAUCUGAUCCGAACUCCUCUACUCUGGACGUUUUCAGAUUGGAGCUUCCACACAAAGCACGCGCGUGCACGCAGCAGUGAGUGCGUGUGCGCGCAGGCGGAGUAGCUGAAGCCGCACCGUAGAGCAGGCACAAGCCGCCGAGCGCGCAGGGGAAGCCGCAGACAGACACCGCAGCCGCUGCCUGAAACUGCAAGGGGAGCAGACGGAGGUCGGAACUUCUCAGUCCACGAGGCCAGAGAUCUAAAAUGGGAGGCAAGCUUAGCAAAAAGAAGAAGGGAUACAGCGUGAACGACGACAAGUCCAAAGACAAGGAUGCCAAAGCGGAGGGAGCCUCUGCAGAGGAAGGCGAAGCACCGAAAGACAAGAAGGAUGAGGCCCCGGCAGCCACCGAUGCUAAUGAGGUAGCAAACGACACGGCUGCCAAAGACGCGCCGGCCGCAGACGCUGCAGCACCAAAAGAGGAGGAGAAGAACGCAGCUCCCGCCAAAACGGAGUCCGAAAAACCCGCCGCUAACGCCGAGGCACCCAAAAGCGCAGAAGCUGGCAAGGCUGAGGAGAAACCAGCUGCCCCGGCCAAAGAUUCAGCUCCCCCUGCCAAGGAGCCGGAGGCAAAGACCGCGGCAGCCGCCCCGGCAGCAGAGAGCAAAGGUGAGGCCGACGCCAAAAAGACUGAGGCCCCCGCAGCACCAGCAGCCAAAGCCGAGACAGCUGCCUCCCCCGACCCUAAGCCAACAGAGGCAGCUCCAGCACCGCCCAAGGAGGCCGUCGCACCUAGUUCUACACCAGCCGCUGAACCUCCCGCCAAGGAGGUGAACGCCACAGAGGCACCAAGCAAGGAUCAAACCGUAGCAGUUCAAGAUUAAUGGACAGCUUCUUUUUCGGAAAUGAAGAAACAAAUUACCUAACUCCACAGUGAAGAUUUAAAAAAGGGGGGAAAUGAAAUUUACUGGCCCGCCCACAUCACAACGAUAAUAAUAAUAAUAACAGUAAUAACGAUGAUAAUAGUUGUAACGAUGGUUUGUUGAUCGAGCUGAACUGGAGAAAACCACCUGGAGAUGAUUCCCAAACGAUGAUUACUGAUAUUAUUGUUAUGUUUUACUCUAUUUUUUCUGCUGUAGUCUUUGAACUUUGAUACAGAUUUGUGUUGAUCAUCUCCAUCAUCUCAUCCAGAGGUUUCGCCCACAGAAGGCCUGCUUUCUACUCACCUGCAUCCGCUGCCCUUUGGGUACCGACCUGAGAGAAGGAUCGGGGGAAGGAGGGUUAGAAACCACCUCACCAGCUAAACUUAGACCUGUCCCCUUUGUUGGCUUUGGCCUGGUACUUCCAGAUUUCUGCUGGUUUUUCCAGGAAGUCCGGAUGUAUCGGGCCAAGUUUCCUUUGGUAUUGGGUUUUGUGGACCCACAUUCAUCUCUAAAAACACUUUAGCAGAAAGUUAAAAGUAAGAACCAGGAAGAGUGCUGCGGCUUUAUGACAUUUUAAAGGUUGACCAAAAGGCCAGCUUUGCAGUGAACCAAAUGUUGGAUUUUUUCUAACAAACGUAUGCAUUUUGUACAGAAACCCUUAGAUAUAUUGUAAUUACACUAAGUGGGUUUUUUAACAUUUGUAAUACUUUAAAAAAAAUCCGCAAAGCCUUGCUGAAAAAGAUCUUUACAAUGUUCUUAUGAAGCUGAAAGCGAUUCUCUGGUCUUACGGAGACAAAGCCGACCGACGACCCAGAUUAAACAGGAAGUAGAAUAUUGGAGAGCGUUUGAUGCUUAAAAAUGCCUAAAUGAGAUCUUUGCUGCAUCAGGAAGACGCUUCAGAUACAUUUCUACGGCCAACGAUUGGGUUCAAACAGUUUUGUGUUUUAGUUGCCUUAAUUAAAACUCAACAACUUUAAACUUCCCCUAGAAGAAGUGUUAAAAAUAACAGGUAGCAGCUCUGAGGCGGUACUUCCUGUUUUUAGAAACACCUCAGGGUGGCGUUUUGAUGCUAUUUGGUCCACGGUUGUUGGACUGCAUGUCCCUGUGCAGUCCAAACUGAAAACAACCAAAACCUACAGGAGCAAGAGGUUAAAUCUGCCUUGUCUCCAUAGCAACAACAGACCAUCAUGUGAUCAUGGGUUGAAAGAGGCCUCUGACUUAGACAUCUGUCGUUUUUUUACAUAUAUAUUCACACACACACACACACAUCUAUGUACUGGUGGAAGAAAACGAUGUAAAGGGGAAACCAGGAAGGUUUGUGAAAAGGUUGAAGGUCAUCCAUUCGCUCCACAAACGUUUCUUCUUUAGCUCAUGACCCAACUCAUGAAACUUGUUGGUUCUGGAGGGAACUGGGCAGCAAACACAAAAGGAAACUAUCUCUUCACUUCCAACAACGUACCAGCAAACCACCAAACGUUCCUCAUUCCACCUUUGCAUAAAUGCAGGUAUAUGUGUAAGUCAUCUCAGCCAUCCAUCUGCCACCUUUUCCUUUCCAUCCGUCGGACAUGCAGCGUGUUGCUUUGCAGCACUCGUAGCAGAAACAAACACACGAGGACGCGUGUGUGUCGCUCCAUUCCGUUUUUUUCCCUCUCUUGACUCGGUAAAUUGCAUGUCCGUGGUUGGGUGAACCUGUAGUCCUGUCUUCUUUGGUCAAGUGAAAAAAAUAAUAAUUUCUCCGUCAACUACGAUUGAUAUUCCCAUUCCAUGUUUCACCUCCGCUAUUUCCACACGCUCACUCAGACAAACAAAAAAAUGAAAUGAAAAUUGAUUGAUGCGUUUAAAAUUAUAUGUACUUGUAUAAAUGGUGCAACAGUAAUAAAAUGUAAGAAAAUGA